AUGUCCCCCUCCAAGAAAGAUUUCCACGUCGCCAUCAUCGGCGGCGGCAUAGCAGGCGUCACGCUAGCCAUUGCGCUCCACCACCGCAACAUCCCCGUAACCAUCUACGAGCAAGCGCACGAAUUCGGCGAAGUAGGCGCCGGCGUCUCCUUCAGCCCCAACGCCGUUCAAGCCAUGAAAUACUGCCACGAGGGCAUCCACAACGCAUUUGAGAAAGUCUGCACGCGAAACCUCUGGCCCACCAAGCAAAAAGUCUGGUUCGAUUAUCUGGACGGAUACAACCACAAGGAGAGCCCCCAAAACGGCCGCCAAAACAUCGAAUUCACCAUCUCCAACAGUCUCGGCCAGAACGGCGUCCACCGUGCGCAUUUCCUCGACGAACUGAUCAAGCUGGUACCCAAGGAGAUCUCUCGCUUCAACAAGCGACUAGAAGAUAUUCACGAGCGGAUCAGCGAUGGCAAGCUGAUUAUGAAGUUCGCCGAUGGAUCCGAGGAUGUUGCGGACUUGGUCAUCGGAUGUGAUGGGAUCAAGUCCCAGGUACGCCAGAUCAUCGUCGGUGCGGAUCAUCCUUCUGCGAAGCCGUCGUAUACUCACAAGUAUGCGUAUCGCGGUCUGGUGCCGAUGGAUAAGGCGGUUGAGGCGAUUGGAGAGGAAUUGGCUUCGAAUUCUUGCAUGCAUAUGGGUCCCGGCGGCCACAUGCUCACCUUCCCUGUGAACGGCGGCAAAACACUUAACAUCGUCGCCUUCCACACUACCACCGACGAAUGGGCCGAGUACCCCAGACUCACCCGCCAGGGUACCCGCGACGAGGUCCUCCGCGACUUUGCUGGCUAUGGACCUAACGUGACCAAUUUGCUUAAGUUGACUGAUCCUCAACUCAGUGUGUGGGCCAUCUUCGACCUAGGCGACCACCCGGUCCCAACAUUCUACAAAGGCCGCGUCGGCAUUUCGGGCGACGCCGCGCACGCCACCUCGCCGCACCACGGCGCCGGCGCCGGCUUCUGUAUCGAGGAUACGGCUGUGCUGGCAACACUGCUGGAAGACGAGCGGGUGCAGACGCACAAGGACCUUCAGGCCGUGCUGGCUGCGUUUGACGAGAACCGUCGCGAGCGGUCUCAGUGGUUGGUGCAGAGUAGUCGGUUCAUUGGUGAUUGCUAUGAGUGGAGGGCUGAUGGGGUGGGGAGCGACUUUAAGAAGAUUGAGGAGGCGAUUAACUAUCGCAAUGGAGUCAUUGCGAAUGUGGAUGUUGGGAAGAUGUGUGAGGAGGCCAAGGGGGUGUUGGGGAGGAAGAUUGAGAAGGCUUCGUUUGGUGAUUGGCUUAGAGGGUUUGUAAUAGUUGUGAUAGUGGUCAUGAGAGAUUAUGGUAUAAUAGGUAUGUAG